AUGGCCCCUCGUAUCGGAGAGGCCGAAAUGGCCAACCCUUCCAACGAUGCGGAAAGGAACGAGGCCAUCCAGAGGAUGAAGUCGCUCAUGCUGACCGAUUACUACCCUCGUCCCAACUUCGGUACCACCGGUAAACCUAUCAAGGUCCUUGCCAACCAGUUCCAGGCUAGGUUCAAGGGUCAAGGCAAGACUAUCCUCCACUACGACGUCGAGAUCAACCCCGUCGUCAAGGCUCAGAACCAGAAGAAGCCUGCUGGUCUCAUGAGGCAGUGCUGGGCUCACCUCAAGAAGGAGCUCGAUACCCCUGAAGCCAAGGCCUUCUACGAAGCCGGUGCUUACGACGGACGCAAGAACUUCUUCACACCGAACGCCAUUUCCAAGGGCGAGAAGAAGACUCACGAGUUUACGAUCAACCUUCCCGAUACCGACCCUAAGCCCGGUGUCCCCGUCGAAGAACAAGGACGACGAUGGAAGGUUCAGAUCAAGCAUGUCGCUGACAUCGACCUCGAGGCCAUCGCUCAAUUCUGCGCCGGAAAGAAGCAGAUCAUCAACAACGCCGAGGCCAUGUUGACUGCGUUCAUGAGCGUCAACGUAUUGUUGAGGUCCAAUCUUCACGAAAAGUACACCGCCUCGGGUGCUCAAGAACGUCGAUUCUUCAGCAUGGAUGACCACGUUCCAAUCUCGAACGGAGCGGUCGUUGCCAAGGGUUUCGCCCAGUCGUUCCGACCUGCGAUCGGGAUUCCUGCCGUCCAACUCGACACUGCCUACUCUGCCUUUGUCGCCCCUGGACCGUUGAUCGAAGUCGCCAAAGGCCUCCUUGGACGCAACAACGGUGGUUUCCGUGGUGGUCGUGGUGGUCCCCGCGGCGGUCGUGGCGGAGCCGACCGAGGCGGCCGUGGUGCCGGUCGAGGUGGCUUUGGCGGACCUCCUGCUCAAGGCGACGCCCUACAGAGUCUGUCUCAGCACGACAUCCAGCGACUCCGUAAAGUCCUCUUCGGAGCCAAGUUCAAGGUCACCCACAGGACUCCCAACAAGAUCAUGUCCUUCGGCGGUCUUAGUCUGAAGUCGGCCGAGGAGCUAACUUUCACCAAGGAUGAUGGCUCCAAGCAAUCCAUUGCGGCGUACUUCAAGCAACAAUACAACAUCAACUUGAAGUUCCCUCGACUCCCGUGUGUCGCUACCGGCAAGAGGACCUACAUCCCCAUGGAACUCGUCAUCAUCGAGCCCUUCCACAGCUUGCCUCCCCUCAAGCUGACGCCCGACCAGACCGCCGAGAUGAUCAAGGUCUCUGCCAAGCCUCCUGCCGACAGGCGUGACGCCAUCAUGGCGUGGCGCAAGAAGCUCUCCUGGGAGACUCGCCCCGCGGUCAAGGCCUGGGGUAUCGAGAUUCGUGACCAGAUGACCGAGGUUCCCGCCAGGGUCUUGAACCCGCCUCAGAUCACCUACGCCGGUGGACCUCGAGGACUCGUCAGACCCGCUGGCGGAGCGUGGAACUUGCGAGGCAAGAAGUUCUUCAAGGCCGGCAAGCCUCUCGCGGCUUGGUCGGUGGUUUCUUUCGAUCGAUUCUUCGACCAACCGAAGAUGCAGGCCUUUAUCACCUUCCUCGUCGGCCAGAUGAAGACCGUCGGUAUUAACGUCGCCAACGAAAGGCCUCCUUGUAUCGGACCUUCCAACCCCAUGGCGCAGAACGGUGUCCUGGCGGCCUUGCAACAGGCUGGCAAGGCUGCAUUCGACGCUGGUAAACAAGCCCCUCAAUUGAUCGUAGUGAUCAUGCCCGCUCGAGAGGUCGCUCUUUACGAAGAGAUCAAGAGGACUGCCGCUACCAAGCUCAACGCUCCGGUUCCGACCCAGUGUCUCCAGUCCAAGAAGCUCCAGUCGGACCGAGGUCUUGACCAGUAUUGCGCGAACGUCUCCAUGAAGAUCAACGCCAAGCUCGGAGGUAUCAAUGUCUCGAUCCCGCUCCCCGAGCUCCCCGGAGUUACCAACAAGACCAUGCUCAUCGGAGCCGAUGUUGGACACCCUCCUCAAGGCAACGGCGCCAUCAGGCCUUCGAUCGCUGCCACGGUCGCUUCCACCAACGGCGACAAUAACAACUUCAAGCCUUGUGUGCGCUUGCAAGAAGGUCGUAAGGAAGCCAUCACCGACAUGGGUGACAUGGCUACCUACCACAUCAAGGAAUUCGAGAAGAACACUCGCGCUCUGCCCGAUACCAUCAUCAUGUUCCGAGACGGAGUCAGCGAAUCGCAAUACGCCGCGAUUGUCGAGUUUGAAUGCAAGGCUAUCAUUGAAGCCGCUGCGAAGAUCAAGAAGGGGUACAAGCCCAAGCUUACCUUUAUCAUUUGCGCCAAGAGACACUCGAUGCGUUUCUUCGCAGCGAACCCCGCCGACAACGACAGGUCUGGAAACCUGCCUGCAGGUCUUGUUGUCGACCAGGUCGUCACUCACCCCUAUGCCUUUGACUUCUACCUUCAAGCCCAUGCGGGUCUCGUUGGUACAGCUCGACCCACCCAUCUCGUCUGUCUUCGAAACGAUUCGAACUUCAAGGUCGACGAGGUCCAGAGGUUGGCCAACGCUUUGUCGUACAACUUCCAAAGGGCUACCCGAUCUGUCUCGAUCGUUUCGCUUGCGUACUACGCCGACUUGAUCUGCACGGCUACUCGUUCCAUGGUCUACGACAACGAUGGUACCGACUACGAGCCUACCGAUGCCGGCACUGCGGCUGGUACCGUCAGGUCUUUGCCUGCCGAGCAGUUCGACCCUAUGGCCAUCAUGCAGAAGAUCGAGAAGGGUGGUCUUUUCAACCAGGUUCAAUGGUACAUGUGA